UGACGGUUACAUUUUAUCUUUGGUUUUCAAAUUAUUAAUAAAUUUAAAUGAAAAUCAGAUAAAUAAGAUUUAACGGUUUUUGGGUUUUCAUAAAAAAUUCAAUUAAAAAUGUGAAUGAUAAAAAAAUCUUUAAUAAUAAUAAAAAAAAUUAACUAUUUUUAAAUACAAGUAACAAAGUAAAUACAAAUUAUUGUGAAUUUUUUGAAGACAAAUUAUAAAGAAAUUAAUGCAGAAAUUAAUUGCAGUUUGAAGUUUAUGAAAUGAAAACAACAUAUUGUUGACUUGCCGCCAGCGAAAACAACACACACAAAAGAAAAAGAAACUCAAAAAUAUUAUGAAAGCAAGAAAAUGAAACUGUUAAGUAUGAAAUACAACAGAUAAUUUGUGAAUGCAACAAUAAGAUACGAUUUUAUUUAAGAAAGCAACUAGAUUUUGUUGGAUUUUUUUACUCUUGGCAAGAACAAGGGAUAUAAAUCUUUUAACAAAGUUGAGCGGAAUUUAAAACUAAAGCUCCUACCUUUCUGGACUUUCCUCCCAACUACCCACCAACAACAGCAACAAAAACGUAUAAAAGCCAACUCGCAUUUUAAUUUGUCCAAAUGUUACAAACAACAUGACAAUGGCAUUUUCAGCAGACACUCUCAAUGGAAUUAGUGACAAUUCAACAGCAUCAGCAGCAGUUGAAAUACAAAUGAACAACAAUGAUUUAAAUCUGGACAAAAUUUUACGUGAAACAGCAUCAGCAACAGUGAAAUUUCUUCUCAAAAGAAACGCCAAUACGGACAUCAAUAAAAAUAUCGAUAAUAGCCAUGAUGACGCUAUAGUCCAUGAUGAUGUUGACUAUGCAGUUAAUGGGAAUGAUGUUGUGUCUAAAACUGAAUACACAGCAAUGGCGGACAAUAAUUUAUCGGCCACAAUUACAUCGAUACGUUCCAAUGUUACCAAAGUCUUGUACAUGUAUUUUCAAAAUAAAACUACUGACACUGAUGAUAUGCCAACUAAUGAAGCAAAUACGUAUGAUACCGAUACAAAUUUGACACAAUUGCCAGCAAACGAAAGUCCUUUAGCUACGGCCAUGUCAACUUUGUCUAGAAUAGCAACUACAAUGACCUCUGAAAUUUUACAUAAUUCCACCUACAAUAACAAUAGUAAUCUAGCCCACAUAGCAGCUGCAGCAACAACAACAUCAACAACAGCAGCAACACCAAUAGACAACAAUAAUUUAGAUGAACAUAACAGCAACGUGAUAGUAACAACAAUGACCCACUUAAAUGAGUUUCUAAAUGCGACAACUACAACGCCCACUAACACCACAACAACAGCAGCAGCAGAAAUAGCAACAAUAACAACAAAUGCAACAAUAGCACCUAGUAUAACAUAUCCUAGUAUAGCAAUUAAUAGUUACGAAAAUUGUUCAGCUCUAUUUGCCAACUAUACACAACCGCAACCAGGUUUAUUUUGCAACUGGGUGUGGGAUAGAUAUCUGUGUUGGCCUCCUACUCCGGCUGGUGUAUUGGCGCGUAUGAAUUGUCCUUCAGGUUUCCAUGGUGUCGAUGCAAAAAAAUUUGCCCAUCGUCAAUGUGAACUAAAUGGCCAUUGGGGUAGUAAACCGAAUGAAACGCUUAAUCCCAUUGGCUGGACUGAUUAUAAUCCCUGUUGGAAACAGGAAGUUAAAACCUUAAUGGAUAAGGUUUCAAAUCUAGAGCUGGUUCUUGAAAUAGCAAGACGUACACGUACCUUGGAAAUCGUUGGCCUUAUAUUGUCUCUGGUGGCUUUAAUUAUCUCAUUAAUUAUAUUUUGUAAUUUUCGUUCGUUACGCAAUAAUCGCACUAAAAUACAUAAGAAUCUAUUUAUGGCCAUGGUGCUGCAAGUUGUGAUACGUUUGACAUUGUAUUUGGAUCAGGCAUAUCGACGUGAUAGCCAGGAGACCACCAGCAACAAUAGUUUGUCGGGCAUAGAGAAUACGCCGUAUUGGUGUGAGGCCUCUUAUGUUCUGCUGGAAUAUGCCAAAACUGCCAUGUUUAUGUGGAUGUUUAUUGAGGGCUGGUACCUGCACAAUAUGGUAACGGUUACUGUGUUUCAAGGCCGUUUUCCCUAUAAACUAUUCUUUAUGGUGGGCUGGGGUAUGCCAGUACUAAUGACAGCAAUUUGGGCCACCUGUACGGCCAUCUAUUAUGCGGCCAGUACACAUGACUGCUGGUGGAAUUACAAUUUGACGCCGUACUAUUGGAUUUUAGAAGGACCACGUAUAAUUGUGAUAACGAUAAACUUUGGUUUUCUGUUGAAUAUAAUCAGAGUGUUGGUGGUGAAGUUGCGUGAAAGUCAGGCGAGUGAUAUUGAGCAGACGCGUAAGGCGGUGAGAGCGGCCAUUGUUUUGUUGCCUUUGUUGGGCACCAUAAAUGUCUUGUAUUUAAUACCAGCUUUAGAGACACCCUGGAAAUUUGCCUUGUGGUCGUAUGUGACACAUUUCCUAACUACAUUUCAGGGGUUUUUUAUAGCUUUACUUUAUUGUUUCCUAAAUGGGGAGGUACGGGCCGUUUUACUUAAAAGUCUGGCAGUUUUUAUGUCAUUGCGUGGCCAUCCUGAAUGGGUUCCUAAAAGAGCUUCUAUGUAUUCGGCAGCUUAUAAUACCGCUCCUGAUACCGAAAAUCAUGCACCGGAUAAUAAAAGAAACGAAUCACCCUCUUCAAGGCGUCUCAAUGGCCGCAAGGCCAGCUGUUCAACUGUGAUUCAUCAAACGGCCAACAAGAGUAAUCCUAAGAUACAAAUCAGUCCCAGGCUCUCGCACAGUAAUGCCAGCAGUCUGUCAGCUGGAUUAAAUCAUCAUAAUCAUCGUUUGUCCAGCCUACAAAGUAACAAUAAUAAUGCUGUGGGUAGUCUAACAAAUCUGCACACAAUUGGCCGCCAGCCCACUCAACAGCAACAUCAUCGCUAUGCUCGUCGUCACAAUUGGAUGUUGUCUAUGUGUUUCCGGGGCCAAAAGGUACUAAGGGUACCGCCAGCAUCAUCUGAACCUCCCGAGUCAGUUGUAUUUGAGUUGUCAGAGCAGUAGUUAAUUAGAUUGCGCUUACUUUUAACAAAUGUGUGAUGACAAAUACUGAAAAGCCAACAAAUGUAUUUAUGACAACUAAAAUGGAAACAUUCACUUAAUUUUAUAUAAAAAAUAGAAAAAAAAUAAAAAAAAAAUUAAAGAAAAUUUUCUUAAACUGAAGGAAUUUUGAAAAUAUAGUUUUAUUUUCAUUAAAAAAAAGGAAUUAAAUUAUUGCAAAAAUAUAGGAUAAAAACAGGGAUUGUCUUUAUAAAUAAAAACGUUAACUAAAAAAAGGUAAAUUUUAACAUAUUUAUUAAAAACUAAAUAACAUAAACAGGAAGGA